UCCUCCCCUGCUGAGUUUCUUUUUUCCUCCGGAGCCUCAGAGAGAUCACCCAGCUCGCUGGCACCGUCUGGUCGGCAGGAACGCCAUGGCGGAGCUCCCACCCUUAAAUGAGGAGUUGUCGUGCUCCAUCUGUCUGGAGCUCUUCAACGAGCCGGUCACCACCCCGUGUGGCCACAACUUCUGCGGUGUGUGCCUGGACAAGACGUGGGCCCUCCAGGGCCCUCCGUUCCGGUGUCCACAGUGCCGCACCGGCUUCCAGGUGCGCCCGCAGCUGCACAAGAACACGGUGCUGUCGUCCUUGGUCAAACGGUUAGCGUCCACGGAGCAGGUCCAGGCACCCCCCGACGGCUGGAUGCCACCCGUGCGCCCCAGGGCCCCCAGCGUGGCUGCCCAGGUGGCCUGCGACCACUGCCUCAAGGAGCUCGCCGUGAAGACUUGCUUCGUGUGCACGGCCUCGUUCUGCCAGGAGCACCUGCGGCCGCACCUCGACAGCCCCGCUUUCCUGGAUCACCCGCUGCAGCCGCCGGUCCGUGACCUGCAGCGCCGCAAAUGUCCCCAGCAUAACCGGCUGCGGGACUACUUCUGCCCAGAGCACGGCGAAUGCAUCUGCCACGUCUGCGUGAUAGAGCACAAGACCUGCUCGCCCGCGCCCCUGAGCCAGGCCAGCGCAGACCUGGAGAACAAGCUGCGACAUAAGCUAUCCAUCAUGUUCGGUCAGAUCAAUGGAGCAUCGAAAGCUCUGGGUGAAGUGCAAGCCAGAAAACAAAGUGUGCGGGAUACCUGCAACAGGAAGCUGGAGCAGUUGCGACAAGAAUACCAGAAAAUCAGGGCUCUCAUUGACUCCACAGAGGCCAGCUCGAUCCGGAAGAUCAAGGAAGAUGAGAAGAGAGUCAACAGCAAGUUCGACACCAUUUAUCAGGUUCUCCUCAAGAAGAAGAGUGAGAUCGAGGCCCAGAAGGAGAAAGUCGAAGAGGGCCUCAAGGAGGCGGACGAGUUUGAAUUUCUGGAGAAAACAUGGAAGCUGCAAGCAAUCUCAACCAAGUCAGUGUACAUCCCCAAGGUGGAGCUGAAUCACAGCCUGAUCAAGUACGUCCACCAGGGCACCGUGGACCUUCAGAAUGUGCUGAAGGAGUCCAUCAGGCAGUUCGAGAAGAAGACCAAAGACCUCCAGGGCGCAAAUGACUCUGGAGACCUUCCCAAGGACAAACCCGCAUCCCCUGGGAAGAAGCUGGCUGCUAUGUGCCAUGUCAUGUCACCUCAUAGCUCUCCUCCGUCAUUACCAGCUGCCACCCCUUCCCCAGCCAAAAACCGCCCCAUCUUCGGAGCCCCAGGACUAGUGGUACAUGUGAAACCAACUGGCCCAGAGGCCAAAGCCGACUCCGUGCAGAUAAGCACAGAAGCAGUCAAGGCCAAAGUGCUGAAGGCCUUCUUGGAAAAGUCUAGAUCCGAACUCCUAACAUAUUCUUCUAAAGUCGUCUUGGACUACAACACUGCCCACAACAGGGUGGCUCUGUCUGAGAAGUACACUGUGGCCUCUGUGACUGAGGAGCUUCAGAACUACCAGCCACACGCCCACAGGUUCACAUACUGCUCUCAGGUGCUGGGCCUGCACGGCUACAAGAGUGGGGUCCACUACUGGGAGGUGAAGCUACAGAAGAACGACUUCUGUGGGGUGGGUAUCUGUUAUGGCAGUAUGCAACGCCAGGGCCCCGAGAGUCGUCUUGGUCGCAAUAGUGCUUCCUGGUGCGUGGAGUGGCUCAACACCAAGAUCUCAGCCUGGCACGAUAAGGUGGAGAAAACCUUACCCGUCACCAAGGCCACACAGGUUGGCGUGCUUCUGAAUUGUGACCACGGCUUUGUCAUCUUCUUUGCCAUUGCUGAUAAGGUCCACCUGUUAUAUAAGUUCAAGGUCGACUUCACCGAAGCCGUGUACCCAGCUUUCUGGGUGUUCUCCUCUGGAGCCGUGCUCUCCAUCUGCUUCUAGUGGGAAGUCUUUGACACUUGGGCUGAGUGCCCAUAGAAUGUCCAAGACUAUAAUGAAAAUGCCGUAUGGGGAAUGCUCCUGGGAGAACUUCCUGGAGAGUUCCCCACAGUUAGAAGGGUGGAAGGAGUUGGGUGGGUGGAUGGGUGGGGACCUGAAAUGGGGAGGGACUUGGCCAGGGAAAGAGGUGGGGGGUCCCUGUGUUGUGAGUGAGGAGGAGAAGGCAUCACUUCUUCCUGUGUCACUUGGGGCAGGGUGACCUCUUCUCUGCUGUGCCAGGCCAAGCUUUGGGUAGGAGUCAUUGAGUACCUCUUUCUUCUUAAAAGUCUGUGGCCAUUACAGGUUCUUUCCCAGGCUCUUGGUAUAUGGCCCUUUGGUUUCUGGGUAGGGUUCAGAUUUUGGAGUUUGAAUGUCAUUGCAUAAGAAUGUUCCAUACCUUCUGUAGCUUCUGUUGGUGCUUGGUACGCUGGUGACUAGGAAACCAUUCACUGCAGGUUUCCUCCCAGGCCAGUUACCCAGUGAAGUGUGUCCUUUUCGUUUACUGGAAAUUAGCCCUACUACCCUGCCUAUCCUGUUUCCCCAUGACCUCAUGGAUGAUGUCCAGUGGUCUUCAUACCAAGAUCUGAAUCAGGCCUGUCCUGAUCUUGUAAUUCAAGGUCCAGACAACCCAGGUCCAGUUUGGACAGAAACCCCUCCCGCUUCCGAAUGUUACAGACGACAUCUUGCACAAGUUCUUUGGCUGCUGCCAUGGAGCU